CUUUUGCUCUCUUCCACAUUCUCGUCCAAUUAUGAUCAUGAACAUGCAACACUGAUCUUUCAUAAACUCACGACUACUACAAGAUGUCCUCUUUGCAACGAAGCAACUCCUCGAUGACCUUCCAAUCUUCGGACUCGAACACAAAGAACUUCAUAGUCGCUCUACAAAACCUUAUUGCGGACAAGCUGAGUGGCAAUAUUGAAGAAAACGACAAGUCUUCGUCCGUACAACAGCUAGUCAACUUCAUUAACGGCCUUUCCGGAGACAUCCUCUCCAAAUUCUCGUAUACAGACGGUGCGGAAUGGCAGAAUAUGGGAGAUACAGUCAGAGUGGUCGAGCUUUCAUUGGAGGUCAUUCAACGUGUCGUUCCCCGUGCUCGGAGUGUAUUUUUUGAGCAAGUGGGGUUUCUGAAGGCUUUGAUUGUUCGUUUGAUCUUAGUUUGCAACUCAUUGGAUCUUUUCGCGGUGGAAGCGGAAGGAGACGAGGCCGUCAUAGCUAGUGGGGCGAUUGAACCGAAAUUGUUGAGAGAUAAAGCUGUUCUGACGAUUGUUUCUGUUUUCCGGUGUCUUGGGAGUGAAAUUCCUCGUGGAUUGCGAACUGAGGAUUCGACUCGAAAGGCGCUCCGUGCGUUGCUGGAAGAGAUGAUUGUAACGUGCGAAGGACUUUCGCAGUCUCCACUUUUGAUUGACCUUCCUUGCACUAUUUCCCUGUUCAACGAGCCUCGUUUCCAAAAAGUCGACCUCAACGAGGAUGAAACUCGUAUCCCUCAGAACGUUACAAUAGCAAACGCGACAGAAAUACCUAGGUUCGCAAGCUUGGUCAUCGACAUUGUGAUGAAGACUCUGUAUCCACCCCUCCUAUCCGACUGGUUUCUGAGUGAAUUGAAUCGAAGAGCGACUGUGCUUUUGUAUAACGUGUUCGAACACUGUAUAACGUCAUAUCCCCCGACCACCCCCGUCAUUGCCCAGGCACUCGCUAGGGUUGUAUCAGCUAUCCCUCCGCCUUCAGAUCUCACUGCGCAAGGGAUCAUUCAAACGCUGCACAGUUUACCCAUCCGACUCCUCCGAUAUCGCCUAUCGACAGGUAUCAGCGGUGAAUGGGAUCCUGUCGAUGCCUACUUUGAACAUGCGAUUUCUCAACCGACACCGACGUUCUGUUUACCUACCAAGUCGGAGUUUUUAGAAGUAGUCGGGUGUCUUUCUGAACCCAUGGACGGAGAUUCACCUACGGGAGAGGAUCACAGUUAUAAGAAACUUGCUGCCUCCUUCGUGAAUACUUGCCUGUCUCGAUAUAACACCGACAUGAUCGUUUCCGUGAAAGAAAUAAUUCAGGGUGCUAAUAUCGGGAAACUCUAUCUUGAAGACAUUGUCAAGACUAUUGACCGUCGAUGCGGGGAUUCUUCUCAAGCUGAUAUUGUCACGAUCGACGUUAUUUCAACUCUUCCUUGGCGAAGGCGACUCAUCACAUUGGCUGAAUCGAUUAUCAAGCCCGACAGUAUUGAUUGGAUGGACGACGACGACGAUGCCCGAUUUGUUCAGAGGGUCCUUACAGCUAUUGCAGCUAGGGUCAGAAGUCCUUUGGGAAGUGACCUGACAGUCGCUCUACAGAAACUACAGGACAUUAGCAGUUUACUUCCGGACUUUGAAGGAUUGGCGACGAUUCCGUUUUGCAGAGAUAUCGCUACGUACGUCUUGGGUGACGACCAUACGACUGUGGAAGUGCGGAAGCUGCUCUUUAAAGUUGUUUCAUCGAUGUUGCGGAGACACACGGCUUCCGAUCCUGAAAUGGAUUUGAAAAUUAUUGAUAUAGUGCUAAACGGAUUAAAGGAUCGAGAUAGAGGUGUCCGUUUGAACGCUGGCAUAGCGGCGGCGGCUUUCGUGGAACUCUUUAAUGACGGACCCGAGAAUAUAUGGCCCCAGCUUGAUCUUUUGUUUGAUAAUUGCUAUGCGUUAGCUGCGACUACGUGUCCGAGUGUUCUGGAGACGCUUGUCAUAGCGGUCGGAAGGAUGACUAGGCUGUCCCACCAGGAUAUUCUUGGACAGGCCCUCUGCCUCCUGGUCACUCUGUUGAGCCACAAGAACCUAGCAGUCAGGGGCAAUGCUUACAUUCAGAUUGUCACAGCGGCGAAACAUCACAAGAACGUUUCGGCAUAUACGUUGCUUUUACCUCAUUUCGAUAAGCUAGCUCCCUAUCUGGUCUCUAAAAUAUGCACCGACAGGACAUUACUGAUCGAAGCAUGUAAAGUGCUUGUCAUGGUCCCGAGCGAUUUCAUCAUCGUCACCCUUCCGCGGACUUUGCCUGUCAUUUUUGCAAACCGUGAUACCAAGGUGUUGGAUGCUCUGGCCAAGGAAAUUAAUAGUAAAUCCUCGGCCAUCCUUAUGAAACACGCCCACGAAGUUUUGGCCCACAUCUUUUUGCUACCAAAUGCGGAGCAAACCGAUGAAGCGUUGAAGUUUGUGGUUAGAACGCUUAGCGCUUCAACUGGCAGCGGAUCUAUCAACACGCAAAGCGUUGUGAAGAGUUGUGUCGUGCCACUUUUAGCUGAGAUUGUAACGAAGCUUGGGCAUGAAAAUCUUCAAAAGGCGGAAGAAGCUUUAGUGGCUUUGAAGAAAGUAGGAACGAUCCUGGGUCCAACCCCUAACGCAGCUACAGGACCAGUAGGAUUCCUUAUGACCUAUAUCCUGGGUAUCAUCAGUACUAUCAACGAUAUGUUGCAAGACGUUCAAGGGAAAAAGUCCAUCGGAAGGAAACGGGAAAUCCUCCGCAGUAUAGGAAUCAUUAUUGAACACAUAGGCAAACCGGUUGCAAAUGUUGCCCCUCAGAUUAUAGCAACUUUCCAAAGCAUGGCUUCUAUACCAGAGCUUUCCGAGGCAACUCUUCAGAGUUGGCAUCGCUUUCUUGUCAAGUUGGAGGUCAAAGAUAUAGGACCGUAUAUUGGCUUGACAAGUGCCGUGCUCGUGACUUGCUGGCCGAACUUUUCAGCACCAGCGAAAAUCAUUGCGAAAGAGUCGCUACAUUAUAUCAUAGUAGGGUUGGGCCAUGAAGAAGAACUCGCCAAGUACAUUGGAGAUCUUGUGGAAAUCCCUGACAUCCCUGAGCUGCGUUCUAUUCGUGAACAACUACGUAAACUUCAUGGCUCCCCUGCACCAAAAGACGUCCUUUCGCGGAUUCUUAGUCGUAGCAAGACGGAGAAUCAUGCCGUAGUUGUGCAGGGGCUCCGCGAGCUGAAGGACUUCAUGACAAACACUCACUCGGGUGUGACCAGAGAGCUUUCAUCCGGGGCGACGUUUGAUCCCUUAAUUGGUGAAGUCCUAGUGACGUUGCUCAAUGCUGCAUCCCGGGAGGCUGAUGAUGGAAAUACAAUACGACUUUUAUCGUUCGAAUGCCUCUCCAUCCUAGGGGCGGUCGACAUGGACCGAUGUGAGAUCGCAAUGAAGGAUUCAGACCCGGGUGUCACAUCUAAUUUCGAGGAUCCAGAGGAGAACGAAACUUUAAUUAAACAUCUCAUCACGCAAGUUCUAGUCAAAGCGUUUCGCUCGACUAGCGAUCUCAAAUAUCAAAGCCAUCUUGCUUUCUCCAUACAGGAGCUGCUGAGGCUUUUGGGUGGACCCAAUAGCUUGAAGGUCAUUAGGUGGGUCAAGUCUUUGCAAAAAGAUGUAAUGGAAACCAUCUACCCGCUAAUCCACGCUCGAUAUACCUUGAAUCAGUUCACGACUCCCGACCCGACCUAUCCUAUCUAUCCUACCCAGACAACUUACCGGGAAUGGAUACAAUUAUGGACUACCCAUCUUAUUUCUAUGGUUUCGGGCCGCGCCGUUCCGAUACUCAGUGUUUUUCGCUGCGCCGUGCGGAACAAAGAUGUUACAGUCGCCUAUAAUCUACUUCCACAUCUCAUUUUGAACAUACUGUCUUCCGAAAAUGAACCCAACAUCGAGAAAAUCCGGUUAGAACUUCGCGCUGUACUGGAGGACCAGGUUAACACUGCAAGCCCCUCUACACCUGAAAAACGAUUUCUCUGUGCACAGGCUAUUUUCAUGAUUCUUGACCACCUCAAUAAAUGGGUUCGACGAGCUCGACAGGCGGCUAGUGGCAAGAAAGACCAACGUAGGAAUGCCGCCUCGGAACAGACUCUUCGAAUUAGCGUCAUCGAUAGCGUGUUGGGAAGUAUUGACCAUGAUCUAAUGGGUCAAGCAGCUUUGCAAUGCAAGGCGUAUGCGAGAUCACUCAUGAAUUUUGAGAUGCACAUCAUUAACAUCUCAACAUUGAAAGAUGAUCGCACUCAGGUUGAACUUGCCACUUUCUAUGAGAAAAUACACGAGAUCUAUGCACAUCUCGACGAGCCCGAUGGAAUGGAAGGGAUUUCGACGAUGAUCUUAUCUCCAUCCCUGGAACAUCAGAUUCGACAGCACGAAAUCAAUGGAAAGUGGACUUCUGCACAGAGUUGCUGGGAGGUACGGAUUCAACAAGAGCCGAACAAUGUCGAGUUUCACAUGGGCCUAUUACGAUGUCUCCGUAAUCUCGGCCACUACGACUCGCUGAGAACCCAUAUCAGAGGUAUACUCACGAAGCAGCCUUCGUGGCAAUCAUCCCUGGUCGCGUUUCAACUUGAAAGUGCAUGGAUGUUAGGCGACUGGCAAGAUGUGGAGUCGACCGUCAAAUUGAAUGACACGAAGGAGCCUUCCAUCGCCAUGGCCCGUUUACUGUUGGCUUUGCGGUCCAAGGACCAUUCAAGUAUCGUUGAAGCCCUUUCUGAAGCCCGCCUCGUAUUGGGGGCCCCUGUAGCGGCAGCGGGUGUUAAAGGAUAUCGACGCGCCUAUGAAGCCGCUCUGAACCUUCAUCUCACACACGAACUCGAAAUCAUAUACAGGACGAUGGUCGACUCCAAUGGUAAAACUCUCAAACCAUUGUCUCAAUUACUUGAGGCUAGACUCGAAGCCACACUUCCGACUUUCCAUACACGUGAAGCUAUCCUUGGGCUUAGAAGGACUGCCUUUGCUUUGUUUGGGGACUCAACCAUGAAAUCCCUUUCCACCUCGGAAGUCGGGCGUUCAUGGCUUGCUAGCGCCAAGAUCGCCCGAAAAGCUGGGCAAUGGCAGACAGCAUACAGUGCCAUUCUUCAGGCAGAGCAAAAUCACGCACAAUUCUCGUUCAUAGAGAGCUCAAAGCUCACGAAAGCGUCUGGGGAGCCAUUGCGUGCCCUUCGUCAACUGGAGGACGCAAUGAAAGUAUUGGGAAUCCUUCAUAAAUCACCUCAGACGGCCAAAAACGAAGCCAUUUCAGCCAAGGCCCAUUUGUUGCGAGCGCGUUGGAUGGAUGAAUCCGAGCGAUUUGACGUGGCGACUGUUUUCAAAGCUUUCAACACUGCUACAGAACUCCAGCUAACGUGGGAAAGUGGGCACUUCUACGUUGGGCGAUUCCAAGAUCAAAACUGGAAGAAUCUUCCCCAUAACGAGAGGUUAUCGAGUCGUGGCCUCAAGAUGAACAACUAUACGAUCAGGUCUUACAUAAAGGCAAUCAGGCUGGGCUCCAAAUAUGUUUAUCAGACGGUGCCUCGCCUGCUUACUCUCUGGCUGGAUCUGGGAGAAGUAGAGAAUGUCGCAUCUCAAGAGAUAUACACGAAAAUCAACGAAGUGGUUUAUCGUGCUAUCAAGGAAUCGCCGAUGUAUAAAUGGUUCACUACAUUUCCACAAAUGGUUUCCCGGUUGGAACAUAAAAAUGGCAAAGUUCGAUCAAUAUUGUUCAAGUUGAUAGAGAAUGUCAUCAAAGAGUAUCCUAAGCAAGCACUCUGGUUGUUUGCUUCUGUCUUAGGUUCCAAGAAUGAAAAGAGGAGGGCCUAUGGGAAGGACAUCUUGGACAAACUUCGCAACAAUCCGUCACUGUCCAGAACGAAUGUCCGAGAGCUUAUCCAGACGUUGGAAAAGCUGACUCAUGAAUUUCUCAACCUGUGCAUCCAUCCGAUAACAGAAAAAACUGACAGAGACGGCAGAACCAGCUCAAAGUGGUUGAGCAUGAAAAAGGUCUUCCCAGGACUGCAACGUUUAGGGACGUCAGAUCUUCUCGUUCCACUUCAAGAAUCGCUUACGGCAAGUCUACCUCCGACAUCUUCUGCGGAGUCAACCCACCAACCCUUUCCAUCCGAUGCGCCAACUUUUAACGGCUUCAAAGACGAGAUUGAGAUAAUGAGUUCCUUGGCAAAACCUCGUAAAUUGACUCUUGCAGGAAGUAAUGGUCAAAUUUAUAUGUUCCUCGCAAAACCGAAGGACGAUCUGAGAAAAGACGCACGGCUUAUGGACCUUUAUUCCGUUAUCAACAAACUCCUGAAAGGAAAUUCAGAUUCUCGUCGUCGGCAACUUUAUAUACGGACUUACGGUGUCGUCACACUUAACGAAGAAUGUGGACUUAUUCAAUGGGUUCCGAAUACUGUGCCACUUCGACCAAUCCUCAACAGAUCUUACACAGCGAAGGGAAUUUCUUUUUGGUCUGCCGAGCUUCAAAGUAUCUUCAAGAAGAUGGGGGACGCCCAAACGGACGCUAUGGCGGCGAAAAUGUUUGAGAACGAAGUCCUCAAAAGCUUCCCUCCUGUUUUCCAUGAAUGGUUUAUCGAGACGUUCCCUGAGCCCACUACUUGGCUCACCAGCCGUUUGAACUAUGGACGGACAGCUGCCGUCAUGUCAAUGGUUGGCUUUAUUAUCGGGCUUGGUGACCGCCAUUGCGAAAACAUUCUUCUGGACGAAAAUACUGGGGACGUCGUCCAUGUCGAUUUCAACUGUCUAUUCGACCACGGUCAAACGUUGACAACGCCGGAAAGAGUGCCAUUCAGGCUUACACAAAAUAUUGUUGGUGGUCUCGGUGUCAUGGGUGUCGAAGGUAUCUUCCGUACAGCGUGCGAAAUCACCCUCCAAUUGCUACGCGAUAACACAGACCUUCUUAUGAGCAUUCUGGAUGCUUUCCUUCAUGAUCCUUUGGUGGAUUUCGAAGAAAAGAGGAGGGCACAAAAGAAGUACAAUAAUGACCUCAAGAAGUUUGCCAGAGACGCCCUUGAUCCCAUCGAGAAGAAGUUGAAAGGUCUGACUAGUACCGUGAGCAAAGAAAAACACGCAUAUGACAAGGAAAUUUCAACGAGUAAUCUCGUUCAAAUGCUCAUCCAGGAAGCGAUGGAUAACAAGAACUUGUCACGGAUGUAUGUCGGAUGGUCGCCGCAUAUCUGAAAACUUUGUCGCGAACCCCACUACCCUUAUA